AAACCGCGGCUCAUUUUGGAGUAAUCGACAUUUCUUCAAGACGAAGUUCGGUGAGUUAUGACGUGUAGUUGGUACCAACUUUGGCAGAUUCGGUGACAGCUAUGUAACCCGAGCGACGACGGUAAAAAGCCGAAGAGAUAGAUCACGGCCGUAUCGGCGCCAAGCUGAAAGGCGGAGUUCGGCUCUUCGGGUCUACUUAUGCUGGUCUACUCGUUAGUGCCCCUUUGCUCAGAUGCAUCCGACGAGAUGGGAUAACUCCGCGAAUACAGUCACGAACCGAGGGAGACUAGGUAGGUGAGAGAUGAGCAUCAGGCUUCUUUACAGCUCUAGCUGUGGCUUUUGACCAGAUCCGCAGUAGACACAGCGUCAAUUGAAGAAGGCGCAAUGAAGCGCAUAACAACAAACUUCCGGCCAGCGCGCCAAGCUCUGAGACGCUUCAGCACGAUGACGCAGGUGCAGAAGUUGAGACGGCAAAACUCGAUACCUGCGUCGUAUUACAGAGGAGGCACGUCGCGGGCGAUCAUGUUACGCCGCGAAGAUCUGCCCUCGGAUCAAUCGCAAUGGGACCCCAUCUUCCUAGGCUGCAUCGGAUCGCCCGACCCCUACUGGAGGCAGCUCGACGGCAUGGGGGGUGGCAUCUCGUCGCUGUCGAAAGUGUGCGUGGUAGGCGAAUCUACGCACCCAGAGGCCGACGUCGACUACACCUUUGUGUCGCUGGGCAUCGACAACGCAAAUGUGGACUACUCAAGUAAUUGCGGCAAUAUGCUCGGCGCAGUCGGCCCCUACGCUAUCGACGCGGGCAUCACAGAGGGAGAAGGACAUUCAAACGGGGAUGAGAGCGAGGUCACUGUGCGGAUCCACAAUACGAAUACGGGCAAGAUCAUACACUCGACCUUCGCGGUCGUCGACGGCGAAGCUGCUGCCUACGGACCCUUCGAGAUCGACGGCGUCGCGGGGACAGCGGCGCCUGUGAAGCUGCAGUUCAUACGGCCCGCCGGCUCGCGCACGGGGAAAUUGCUUCCUACGGGGUCUACGACGGACACGUUUAAUGGCAUCAGGGCCACAUGCAUCGACGCGGCGAAUCCGUGCGUCUUCGUCUCUGCCGCGCAGCUCGGGGUCCCGGGGGACUUGACGCCGCAGCAGAUCGACGACCACCCGACGCUGAAGUCUACGCUGGAGUCGAUUCGUCGCGCCGCGGCGGUGAGGAUGGGGUUUGCGGCGAGCGAGCACGAGACGCCCGGGAGCGUGCCGAAGAUAGCCAUCGUCGCGCCGCCGGCUGAUCCGUCGCGCUCGAACAUCGAGGUGCGCGCCCUGUCCGUCGGGCAGCCGCACAAGGCGAUCCCCGUCACGGUCGCGUUGGCGAUAGCCGCGGCCGCGAAGCUCGAGGGCACCAACGUCUUCGAGGCUGCAGUGAAAGGGGAUAGUGACGAGUCGUCCCCCACAGUCAUACGCCAUGCGAGCGGCGUCCUCGGCGUUGAUGGGAAAUUCUCGGAUUCAGCGGAACUGGAGUCUGCCACGGUCUUCCGAACGGCGAGGCGGCUGAUGGAGGGCAGAGUGUUUUGGAAAUGAUUGAUUGAUUGAUUGAUAGGUUGAAGUCGGCUACCUACGCUUUGACGCGCUCUACUGAUCAGCUUAUUCCCGUUCGUACCUUUGACAAUUGACCGACAUUUUGCACUUCGGGGCUACUGUACACGUACUUACUUAAGUACAUGUAAGUAGGAGUUGUU